AACCCGGAAGUACUCUGCUAUCGCACGGUCCGGACGGAGGCGCGUGUGGAUGCGCAUGCACGGCAAAGGAGUGCAAUGAAUCCGUUAACAAAAAUCAAGUUGAUCAACGAGCUGAAUGCCCGCGAAGCGAGUCUGGGAGUGAAAGAGUCCGUGUCUUGGCACAAAGACUAUAAGGACAGCGCCUGGAUCUUUAUCGGCGGACUGCCGUAUGAGUUGACCGAAGGGGACAUUAUCUGUGUUUUCUCGCAGUAUGGAGAGGUGGUGAAUAUUAACCUCGUCCGGGAUAAGGCCUCGGGACGCUCUCGUGGCUUCUGCUUUAUCUGUUACGAGGAUCAGAGGAGUACUGUGCUGGCGGUGGAUAACUUCAACGGCAUCAAGGUAAAGGGCCGUACGAUACGAGUGGAUCAUGUGGCCAACUACCGGCCCCCCAAAGACUCUGACGAUAUUGACGACGUGACUAAACUUCUCAGGGAGGAGGGCUGUGGGGUACGGACACCCCCACGUCCACCCCCAUCUCCACCCCCAUCCUCUGAGGAGGAAGAGGAGCCAAGGGCUAAGAAAAGAAAGAAGAAGAAGAAGAGAAAAGAUGACAAGGAUAAAAAGAGCAGCAAGCACAAGGAGAAGAGCGAGCCAGGGGAGACUGCUGUCCAUGUCAAGCAAGAACGUAUAGAUCCAUCGUAUGAUAAAUACAAUACUAAGGAGUCCGACUGCAGAGCGACAAAAGACAGACCCCAGGAGCUGAGAGAAGACAGAGACUCUAGGGGUCUUAGUAGGCACUCUUCCUACGACCGGCACAGAGACAGUCAUAGAGAGAGAGACCGGCACGCAGACGGUCACAGAGAGAGAGACCGGUACAAAGAGUCUCGCCCAGAAUACAAGAGGAGAUAGGCCUUCCAGAGACUGUGUACAGUGUUUAGAGAAUCUUGCUGAAAUCUGUUUUUUGUUUCUUUUUAUUAAAUACGUCCAAUCUGAAA